AUAAGAAAAUGAAGCAUUUUACCGAGAGACACCUCGAACGGGCUACUUUCUAUGGGAUCUGGGCCAGCACGGAUGCAGGGACAGCUGGAGCCCUGACUCCUCAACAUGUCCGCGCCCACUCCUCUCCAGCCUCACUGCAGUUGGGAACCAUUUCUCCAGGAACGCUUACUCCUUCCAGUGUAGUUCCUGGGGCUGCACCUUCUCAGCAUCUCCGCCAGUCAUCUUUUGAAAUCCCUGAUGAUGUGCCCCUACCACCUGGUUGGGAGAUGGCAAAGACACCUUCUGGCCAGAGAUAUUUUCUGAAUCACAUCGAUCAGACAACAACAUGGCAGGAUCCAAGGAAGGCCCUCCUUUCCCAGAUGAAUGUUACAGCUCCCACAAGUCCUCCAGUGCAACAGAAUAUCAUGAAUUCAGCAACUGGCCCGCUCCCUGAUGGAUGGGAACAAGCCAUGACCCAGGAUGGAGAAAUUUACUACAUAAACCAUAAGAACAAGACCACAUCUUGGCUAGAUCCAAGACUUGACCCACGCUUUGCUAUGAGUCAGAGAAUCAGCCAAAGUGUUCCAGUGAAGCCACCUCCACUAGCCCCCCAGAGUCCACCUGGUGGCGUGCUGGGAAGUAACAACUCUAAUCAGCAGCAGCAGAUGAGACUGCAACAGCUGCAGAUGGAGAAAGAAAGGUUACGACUGAAACAUCAAGAACUGCUUCGGCAGGCAUUGCGGAAUAUCAAUCCCAGCACAGCAAAUUCUCCAAAACGUCAGGAAUUGGCUCUUCGUAGUCAGCUUCCCAGUAUGGAACAAGAUGUCUCUCAGAAUCCUGUAUCUUCUCCUGGCAUGUCACAAGAACUAAGAACAAUGACCACAAACAGUUCGGAUCCUUUUCUUAACAGUGGAACAUACCACUCUAGAGAUGAGAGCACAGACAGUGGCCUUAGCAUGAGCAGUUACAGUGUCCCCAGAACUCCGGAUGAUUUCCUCAACAGUGUUGAUGAAAUGGAUACAGGCGACAGUAUCAACCAAAGCAACAUGCCUUCUCAUCAGAACCGUUUUCCAGACUACCUUGAAGCCAUUCCAGGGACUAACGUGGACCUUGGCACACUGGAAGGAGAUGCAAUGAAUAUAGAGGGAGAGGAACUGAUGCCAAGUCUACAAGAAGCUUUGAGUUCUGAUAUCCUUAAUGACAUGGAGUCCGUAUUGGCAGCCACCAAGCUAGAUAAAGAAAGCUUUCUUACCUGGUUAUAGGGGCCUCAGGGAGAUGGAGUCUGAAAUCUUUGAAGGAUCUAAGGAGAUAAGACAUGUACCUGAUGUUGAGAACAAGCCUGUGCGGCAAAGGCUUCUUGGCUUAUGAUCAGAGAGGAAAACACAUAAAUGAACAAAAUACUCCAGAUUCUUUUCAUCCAAUGUUUUGUUCUUCCUUGUCCAAUCGCUGCUGUUACUGCUGACCUCUUUUACAGUUGACUCUGAAGAAUUAGACUGUUUGUUUUAUUAUCCUUUUGAAAUUCUUUUUUUUCCUGUUGCAACUACUGUUCAACAUGGUAAUAGUGGAGAGGGAGAUCAUGGGUAACUGUGGAGUAAGAAAUAGAGAGACCAGCCCUGUUUUGGGAUGAUAUCUGCCAUUCCUUUUGUCCUGCUAUCCACGUGUAUAUCCAUUGAUUACGACAGUAUGGAUUUUGUUGAGUUUAACUGUGCAUGCCACCGCCUGUAGCUGUCUCUGCUUGUUGUUUGCUCUGUUGCCCAUGGCAAGUGGCAAAACUGACUUACUAGUCCAGCAAGCCAAAAAUGAUGUAUCUGAUGGGAAAUAAAUCAAUACUGAUUUGGACGUCAGAAGAACACUAAUUCCCUUUUGGGGGGACACAGUCCCCCAGGCAUUAUCGCUGUUUGAUCAAUAUUGAAAUGAGUAAAAGAUGCAUGUUAGCGAUGUCUGUGGGAAUAUGCCCAUCAUUAGUUACUUGCUAGUUUUCUCUAUCAGCUUGUCCACAUUUUAUGGCACCAUAAGUGAGUCACUACACAUACAGACUUUAUAAAUCUUGAUCAUUGCCUCUUAUUGUAGAUUAUGUUUCUCUUUUGAAAAUUCUAGAUCCUUUUUUAUUAUUAUAGUUGUAGGUUAGGAAAAUAACUGUUUUUGGUCUUCGGAUGAUUUUGUUUCAUUUUGUAUUUUUAAAUAGUGAAAUCUAAAUUUCCUGACUUCACCUAGUCUUAUUUAAGUCUGAAAUGGUUGACCUUUUUUAUACCUUACUGUAACCAGUGAAUAUCUAGUGUUCUGUGUUUUGCUUGUAACUUUUUAAGAGAUAGCUUUGAAUGUAUUCCCUAGACCAACCUUCCCUCCUCUGGUUCUCUCCAGGUGUUUUAGAGUGCAGCUCCUAUAGUCCAGCCACCAGCUAGCUGUAGAAUUAUGGGGGUUGAACCCAUCUAUGGGGCACCAGCUUAGGGAAGGCUGCCUUAGACUAAAGGACUGCUGGCUUCUCUUUUCAUACAUGUGCCAGAAUUUGAAUCAAAGAUUCUUUUAGGAUGAAUUUUAAAAUUUGUAACUCUUACUGUUCCUAGGUACACUUAGUUGAAUGUUAGUCCCACUUAUUUCAGAAGACCUGCAUCCAUUUGAGUGUAUUUGGGACUACUGCCUAAGGGUGAUUAACUAGCUUUUAUGCAGAGUUUUAAACACAGCAAGUAGUAGGCUAUGAGUCUUCAUUGCAGAACAGCUCUUGCCAUUGCUGGAAGAGCUUUUUAAUUUUGAUGAAAUUGGUGGCUUGAGAUUCUGAAGUCUCUGAUGGAUGAAAAUGGAUGCUCUCCUGUACUUAGUUUAGUAAUAUCAUCUGCACUGUUAUUUGAGUUUACAGAACUAGUAACACAAACACUAACGUUAAGAUACAUCAAGAACGCAAUGACGGAUAGGGCCAUGGUGCACAUAGAAGAUUGUAAAGACAUGUGUUAGAUGGUGACACGAGCAAGUAGUAGUGUAAUUUAGUUGUAGAGAUUAGCACUGAAAUUGAGUGAGUGAGUACAUCUAGAUACAGUUACUUUAACAGAAAAUGAUUGUCCUUGAAGUUGUCUGUAGGAAUUGCAAUGUUUUCCAAAGAGUAUUUUAAAGUGAACAAAUGAGCAUGAAUCAAUUAUAUGGUAUAAGCUAUGAAGUAUUUUUUUAAUUCUUUAAGUACAUUGGCACCAGAAAGUACAUAAAGUGACUGUCAACAUUCCCUUUAAUGUGUUAUUGUUAUUUUUCAGGGUUUGAAAUGUGGCCAUCAGAGAACUUCUCAGGUUGAAAUGUGUGUUCAUUCUCAAUCUGAGCAAUGGUUUUAAAAAAAUCAGAACUUAAUUUGGCCAUUCCUAUUUGAUGGGCAGGAGUUAACACAAGAGGUAUAAUUUUGCCUGUGCCAAUAAGUGAUAGCUUAAUGGGGGGGGGGUUUCCCCUCCUGGAAUGCCACAUUAACCCUCAAAUCAGCUUACAAGGGGGUGGGGGGCUUAUAAGAAAGAGCAGCUUUCCGUUAGUGCAAAUAAUGUUUCCUUCCCUUUUUUAAAAGUAUUUUUAAAAAAGCAAGCUGAUAAAAAAUAUAUGUUGACAUGAGUAGAGGUAGAAAUGAAGAAAAGCAAGAUUCAGAGGCUGAAAUCAUGUUGCUUUAUGUAAUAUGUCUCAACUAGUGUAGGUCCAUUGCAAGUACCCAGUGUGGACUAAUGGAUAGAGCUAUGAGCUAGAGCUAUGGAGACCAGGAUUCAAAUCCCAUGUUGGCCAUGGAAAAUCACCGGGGGAGUGAGACUGAUGAAAUCGCUCCUUAAAUGUCUCACUUGCCUUGUUAGGACAGCUAUAAAUUGGUUCCAACUUGAUGGCACAUAACUAAGAUCCUUUGAAUCAGUGGAACCUGGGGAGGAGUUUGCUCAUCCAGUUCCCACUGAUUCAUUCAGCCUCUUCUAGUUGUGACUUACUGUGCUAAGCAACAGGAUUUUAGCCAGUGUUCCUGCAUGUUGGUUUGCCUAUUUAUAUCCAGAGACUGGAGGACCACUUGUAUCUAUUUGAGCAUUAAGUAGGAACUGCUGAAUUCUGAUCCUGGGUAUUGGUUAGAAAUGCACAGAAGUAGUUUCUGUUUGUUUUUCUGGGUCACAGCUUUAAAGUUGGAACUUUUCCCCCUCUCAUUGUACAUACACUAUACAACUUCUGUAUUUGAGUAGCACUGCUGGAGAGGUACUGAUAUAAAACUGGGAAUUCUUGAAUUUCUUUUAACUCUAUUAGUGCAGUACUUAACUCUAGCUAUUUUUUAAGCCUCUUGAUUUGAUGAGACAUGUGCCUUAGAGAUUACUUGUACUGUUGGCAGGAGAAAAUCAAACAAACCAGACCAGUUGGAAGAUUUUAUUCAAAUCAAUCACUUGAGAAAGUGGUUUAACUUUUUUUAUUGCAAUACAAAAAGAAGAAGAAAAUAAAAGUGUUAUGGGUAGUAUUUUGUAUUGAUUGGUGUAUAUAUUUAAACAGAUCACUGUUCUAACUUUAUAGCUUCUAGUUUUUUUAAUACAGUGUGUUCAGAAUGGAUUUGAGGCUUAUGAAUUCAUGUGUAUGUCUGGCAACAUAAUUGCUUUGGAAUAUGUACUAUUUCCAUAAAUCAUAUGGAUCCAAAAUUGUACCAAUCAGUGUUGGAGCUCAAGCAAUGCAAGAGGUGGGACGACAGUUUCAGACUGAUUAAUGAUAAUGUAGCUUUUGCACAUCUGGAGAAUACAUCUUAUAAUGAAUUCACUUGCAAUCAUGAGGGUGUUUUUUUAUACAAGAGACAGGUAUGUCUGUCUAUAACAACACUCUUUUUUUUCUUUAGGGUAAAAAUCACAAUAUUUUAAUGUUUCCAAAACUCUGAGACACAAUUAUCAUAUAUAUAUAUAUGAAUGUUGUAUUUUCUUUAGAUGUAAGAGCAUGCCUCUGUUAGGUACCAUAGUAAAUUCUGUUACAUUAUUUUCCUUUAUGUAAUACGUUUUUCAUUGCUUUUUUUUUGUUUUACAUGACAUAAAUAUAUACUUUGCGC